AUGGUGGAUCGCUUGGCAAACAGUGAAGCAAACACUAGACGCAUUAGUAUAGUGGAAAACUGUUUUGGAGCUGCUGGCCAACCCUUGACAAUACCUGGACGAGUUCUUAUUGGAGAAGGAGUGUUGACUAAGUUGUGCAGGAAAAAGCCUAAAGCAAGGCAAUUUUUCUUGUUUAAUGAUAUUCUUGUAUAUGGCAACAUUGUUAUCCAGAAGAAAAAAUACAACAAGCAACAUAUUAUUCCCCUGGAAAAUGUCACUAUUGAUUCCAUCAAAGAUGAGGGCGACCUGAGAAACGGAUGGCUUAUCAAGACACCAACAAAAUCAUUUGCCGUGUAUGCCGCCACUGCCACUGAGAAGUCAGAAUGGAUGAAUCAUAUUAAUAAGUGUGUUACUGAUUUACUCUCCAAAAGUGGGAAGACACCCAGUAAUGAACAUGCGGCUGUCUGGGUUCCUGACUCUGAAGCAACUGUGUGUAUGCGUUGUCAGAAAGCAAAAUUUACACCUGUGAAUCGGCGUCACCAUUGCCGCAAGUGUGGUUUUGUUGUUUGUGGGCCCUGCUCUGAAAAGAGAUUUCUUCUUCCCAGCCAGUCCUCCAAGCCUGUGCGAAUUUGUGACUUCUGCUAUGACCUGCUUUCUGCCGGGGACAUGGCUGCGUGCCAGCCUAACAGAUCAGACUCUUACAGUCAGUCAUUGAAGUCUCCUUUAAAUGAUGUGUCUGAUGAUGAAGAUGAUGAUGAUAGCAGCGACUAA